AUGGCAGAAGACUUUGAGCUGCCGAGAAGUUACGAAAAGUACAGAGAGGUUCUAAAGCGUACGCUCAAGAAAUGCAUCAAUAUAAAAGCAGAGAUCGCGUCAACGGGCCCUUUCGAUAGCAAGUUCGGCGGUGAUCCAUACUUUCCAAAGAAUGAAGCAUAUCCUGUGGAUGAAGGAAGUGCACCUUUGGGGUUUUUAGUGCAGAUCAACUUCGAGCAAGUCCCCUGCCUGAAGAACUAUCCAAAAACGGGGAUACUCCAGUUUUAUGCAGGUCUCGAAGCGGGCGUGGCCAUUUCAGAUGAUGAGUUCAAGCAAUCGGGCUACCGUGUUAUCUACUUUGAGAAUGUCGAGACAGAUGAAUCGAAGCUAGUUUCUGAUUUCUCGUUUGCGGAAUCGGCGAGGGAUGAGUUACCGGUUUCGUCAGAUUCCAAACUUCUCUUCACCAAGGACACUCAGAUUAUGCCACCCUGUGACUUCCGUUUCGAACAAGUUUUAGACCGUGGAAGUUGUAGCAGCACCGGCAGUGGUCUCCUCGAUUAUUACGAUAUGUCCGAUUCCUCUGGCCACAGAAUCGGAGGUUAUCCAGCUUUCACGCAAGAGGACCCCAGGCCGCUUUUCAGCGAAAACUUAACAGAGUUGUUGUUGCAGGUAGAUACUGAUGGUGAUCCUGGUCCUGAUAUUAUGUGGGGCGAUGCUGGCGUGGGCAACUUUUUCAUUUCUGAGGAGGAUCUCAAAAACAAGAACUUCAACAAAGUCUUUUUCACUUGUGACUGCGCCUGA